AUGCCUAACCACAGGAACUCCAACGGAGAACUCGUCCCCGUAGCGCUCGAGUGCGGUUUGACCGAUUCCCCCCGCCUCAUCGAGGCGGUGCACAAAGACAUUACUGCGUUCUUGGCCGACACCAAGAAGCUGUUCAUGGUCCAGUCGGGCCCUGAAAGCCCAGUCCAGCGGGCCGAAGCCUUGAUGGAACAAAUGGCGCUUGCGCUGUUCGACCUUCAUGAAAAGAUACGAGUCGAGCAGCGGGGCCUGUGGAUGCAGGGACAGGUGAAAAUAGCCUGCGAGGAUAUUGCAGCUUUGCAGGCGCUGGUCGCGAAGAUAUCUGACCAUGGUAAGAUUGAUGGAGACAGAGACGAGGAUUGUACAGGUUUCCAAAUGGUUUCAACUCACACGGCGUGGGUAGUAAGUAGCUCUAUCCCCACAGCCGAGACCAAAAACAAAACGGAAAUUAUCAUCAGCUUCUGGAAACAAAAGCGAAGAUCCGAAAAACAAGACGCUGGGAACGAGAUAGCAAUCCCUCCCCCCAGCUGCAGGGCCAAGCCCCGUGCCGCUAAGUAG